AUGUCGGGCUCAUCUGGCUCCCAAGGAGCAGCAUCAAUCGUUGCAAUCGACUCCCAUUCGAUCCAGAAAAUCACGUCGAGUCAGGUCGUCGUCGAUCUGCAGACUGCCGUCAAGGAAUUAGUCGAAAACAGUCUCGACGCAGGUGCUACGAUAAUCGACGUCAAGUUCAAAAACUACGGGCUGGAAGCCUUCGAAGUUUCAGACAACGGGACCGGGAUACGCGAAGAUGAUCUGGACACUGUUGGAUUGAACCAUCACACAUCCAAACUUUCAAGCUUCGAGGACCUGGCUCAAGUCAAGACCUUUGGCUUUCGAGGGGAGGCUCUCAGCAGUCUUUGCGCACUUGCCAAAGUCACCGUCCAAUCGGCCACAGCUGCAACCGAGCCGCGAGGAUGGAUGUUGGAAUUCGAUAAAAUGGGAAAAGUGACUUCGAAAAAGACCUGUUCGCGUCCUAGAGGAACCACGGUCAACGUCCAAUCCUUGUUUCAUAACCUACCCGUCAGGCGGAAACAGUUUUCUAAGGAUUACAAGAAACAUUUUGCGCAUGCUCAAACCUGGCUGCAAGCCUAUGGACUUAUAUCUACGAACCUCUGUCUCAAUGUUUCUAAUCACCCAGCCAAAGGAAGCAAAACGUUCCAAUUCCAGACGAAGUCUAACAGUCAAAUCAAGCAAAACUUUUCGAAUAUCUUCACCCCCAAAGCUUGUAAUCUGAUGAUCGAUCUUGACCUCAAAUUUCAAGUCAAGCCGGACCGUACGGUGCUACGAGCACUUGGAUUGCCUCUAGAUUCCAGCUCUGAAGACUUAGGAACGACAGUUGUGGUCAAAGGUUUAAUGUCUCGGCCUGCACAUGGUCAAGGUCGGAACUCACCCGAUCGCCAGUUCUAUUACAUCAACGGACGGCCCUUCACUCCAUCAAAAAUUUCGAAAUGUGUCAACGAGGCAUACAAGCAAUUCAACACCAAUCAGUAUCCUGUGAUCUUGGCAGACUUCAUCUUGCCACCGGACGCUUAUGAUCUGAACAUAGAUCCCAACAAGCGGUCUAUUUUCCUCCAUAGCGAAAGCAAUUUGAUCGAAGCUUUGCGGGAAGCUCUCGAUUUGUUCUGUCAGCCUUACCGGUCCACAUUUUCUGCAUCCCAGCUCACGUCUACCUCAAAUACUGCCAUCCCGCCAUCUCUCAAAAUGACUCUUACCCAACCUACUUUGUCAAAGCGCAAGAACCCGGCUGUGCAACCCGCCGACGAAGCAUCCGACCAAGAUCAACCCGAUCCAAGCGAGAUAGAAUGUCAACCCCUUGAUAGCUUGAAGUCUCCAGAUCAUAAGAGGCCCAGACUCGAUGAACCACCCGUCUCCCCUCAAGGUGUCAGCACAGCCAAGAUUCCCUCCGAAGUAGCCGAGGGUGGUGUCACUCUCUCCCAGGUUAUAUCUCAUUCCCCACCUCCAGCCACACUCGCCGACCAGUCCUUGUCUCAUUUAGCCGAACCUCCAAAUGAAGAGCUGGCUGUUAGUGCGCCUGAAGAUUCUGCUCUCCCAGCUACCGUACCUGAAAACUCGCCAGAACCUACUCCACGAAAAGACCUUGCGCAUGACUCUGAUUCCAACGAGCCGAACGUUGCCACGACCUCUAAGCUUCCAUCUGAGAAGCCGGAUUGGGUUCCUAGUAUCUUGAGGGAUCCAAGUUCCGAAACCCCCCGCAAGCUGGUCCAAAUGACUCUCUCCACAUCAGGCGCCAGCUGGAAUACCAAAAGCAGAAUUACUCACUCCUCCAAAGGAAGUUCGUCUCAUAAGAAAAAAACGGUCAGCAGCUCGGAGCGCAUGAGGAAUAAUAUCCAGCGUUUCACUCUAGGCGGCGGUCAUGCCAAACCUGUGCAGGCCCAAAGCGACAAGGAGAAUGAAGAGGAUGAGCGGAUGACUGAGGCCGAUCAACUUUCUCAGUCCGACAUGGAAGAUGAAUUGGAUGCUGAGCCUGAUCAACGGAACUUGCAAGGUGCAUCUAGUCCUACGCCUCUCGAGCCUCUCGAGACCUCUGAUGAUAUCGCUGAAGAAACAGAACAACUGCAGCUACCCACUUCCCCCGCGAGUCUCGCCUUAAAUCACGCCAGUUCUAAUCUUGAUACAGCUCGGGUGGGUCAGAAGCCUGAUGUGGUUCACAUGAAACCCCAGACAUCUCAUAGUAGUACGCUGCGCGUUGUGCGCGAGAAGGAAGUCAUCCCUUCCAAAGAACCUUCUGUCGUCGACGCAUCCGUUCAACUAGAAGACAUUGUGAAGGCAUGGGAAGCUUGUAAACACCGCCAGUCAGCCUUCGACACGAGAACAACCAGCGGCGGUGAUAGCGAACUCCAAGGAGCCGGCUUGGAUCAAAGUGAAGCAGAAGCCGAAACGACCUUGAGCCGAAACGUGCAGAAAGCCGACUUCGAGCACAUGGAAAUCAUUGGCCAGUUUAACUUGGGCUUUAUCAUCGUUCGUCGACUAGAUGAUAAGAACUCGGCAGAUGAUCUGUUCAUCGUUGAUCAGCAUGCCAGCGAUGAAAAAUUCAACUUUGAGAAAUUACAGAGGGAAACCAAACUCACCGGUCAGAGGCUUUUAAUCCCCAAGGUAUUGGGUUUGACCGCGGUGGAAGAAAUAACAGUGAUGGAGCAUUUGGAUAUUUUAGAGCUCAACGGGUUUAAUGUCCGGGUUGAUGAAUCUGCCGGAGUAGGCAGUCGGGUACAACUGCUGGCCCAGCCCGUCUCAGGGAACACCAGUUGGGACGUUUCAGAUCUAGAGGAAUUAUUGCACUUGAUUAACGAGCGGGGAUCGAAUGAGGUUGUGCGACCGAGUAAGACGAGACGGAUGAUGGCUUCCAGGGCCUGUCGUAUGAGCACGAUGAUCGGCGACGGGCUCACUACCAAGCAAAUGUCCCGAAUCGUCACGCAAAUGGGAACGAUGGACCAGCCAUGGGCAUGUCCCCACGGCAGACCAACGAUGCGAUGGUUGGCUCGCUGCGAUGAAAAUCCAAGACAAACUGAUCCCAGAUACCGGAUCUCGGACUGGAUUACUGGCAAGUUGGAUUCUUGA